UAUUGUAAUCACAAAAUGCAUUGUUACGAAAUGUGUUUAUCAUAUUAUCGGAAAUAUUACGACAAUGAAUAUUACGAUAAUUUGAAGUCCUUUAGCUUAAACACCAAUAACUUGAACGCACCCUUUUGUGGUCUCAAUAAAUACAAUCCGCCGACUGUUAUGCCGUACAGAGUUGACACAAAUGGCAUAUAUUUAGAACCCGAUACCCGAAAACCCAAUUUGAGAAUAGUUGGCGGCUUUGAGACCACCAAAUGGCAAUACCCGUGGAUCGUAUCGCUUAAUAAACUGGUUGCCGGAAAAUAUGUACACUUUUGUGGCGGUGCUAUAAUACAUGACUAUCACAUACUAACGGCUGCCCAUUGCGCUGAUAAUUUUAUAGGAAAAGAAUCAAAUCUAUUGAUAAAAAUAGGAUUUCAUAAUCUAAAUAAAUACGAAGGCAUUACUAUGAAAGUGGCAAAAAUACUGAUACACGAGGAAUGGGAUAGAGAGAGUAAUAUCAAUGAUAUUGCAAUCUAUCGGACACAACAACCUAUUCCUUACAAAUUACAACCAAAUUUACAUAAUUAUCAAAUUAAUAGCAUUUGUUUGCCUAAAAGUGAUCACAUUUAUCCCAGUGCUGCAAUAGUUGCCGGUUGGGGACAGUUGGGCAAAGAUAGCCAUUUAUCAGACAAACUGAUGAAUAUAGUUGUGCCCCAAUUGUCACAAGAGUUAUGUCAAAGACAAUACGAUACUUUGGCUGAAGUCAAUGAUAAUAUGAUCUGUUUUGGAGGCUAUGAAAGACACGAUACUUGUUAUGGUGAUUCUGGCGGUCCUUUAAUGGAGAAAAUUGACGGCAGGUUUCAAGUGAUAGGAAUCGUAUCUUUUGGUAUUCCUUGUGCUAUCAAAUUAUAUCCCACUAUAUAUACUAAAGUUUCCAAUUAUGUCGAUUGGAUUUAUGACAAA